AUGGUGCUGCAGCAGGCAGCAAUUCUGGGAACCCAGCCCCAGCAGUCUGAGCUACCUUCUCCUCUGUCACUGCCGCAGGGCCAGGGAGGGAGCUGGAAAUCUGGUGUUUUCGUGCCCCCAAAGGACUGGACGGAAACCACUGCUACUGCUGAGGGUGGGAAAUAUGAGCAGCCUGUGUCCCUCACAGCUCGUGGCCUGCCUCAGCAGUGGCCACCCUGCCCAGUGGCAGGCUCCCAGUGCCUGCCUGAAAAUUCUGCUAGAACAGGAGAUCACCUUGCCUCUCCCUAUCAUGGCAAUGAUAUGGGAAAUGAUGAUGCCAUCGGAGGGAAUGUGAGCAAAUAUAUAGUGCUUCCAAAUGGAUACUGUGGACAGCCCAAGAAAGGACAUCUUAUCUUUGAUGCUUGCUUUGAAAGUGGUAAUCUUGGCCGGGUGGACCAGGUCUCUGAAUUUGAGUAUGAUCUAUUCAUUAGGCCGGAUACCUGUAAUCCACGCUUCCGAGUUUGGUUCAACUUUACUGUUGAAAAUGUGAAAGAAUCACAGAGGGUCAUUUUCAACAUUGUUAACUUCAGUAAAACCAAGAGUCUUUAUAGAGAUGGCAUGGCCCCUAUGGUGAAAUCUACAAGCAGGCCAAAAUGGCAAAGGCUGCCACCUAAAAAUGUUUAUUACUACCGUUGCCCAGACCAUAGGAAGAAUUACGUGAUGUCCUUUGCCUUUUGUUUUGACCGAGAAGAAGAUAUUUACCAGUUUGCUUACUGCUACCCGUAUACAUACACACGCUUCCAGCAUUACCUUGACAGCCUGCAAAAGAGAAACCUGGAUUACUUCUUUCGGGAGCAGCUGGGCCAGAGCGUGCAACAGCGGCAGCUUGACCUCCUGACAAUAACCAGUCCCGACAAUCUCCGGGAAGGGGCAGAGCAGAAGGUGGUGUUCAUCACAGGACGAGUCCACCCAGGGGAAACACCCUCUUCAUUUGUGUGCCAAGGGAUCAUUGACUUUCUCAUAAGCCAGCAUCCCAUUGCCCGUGUCCUACGGGAACACCUGGUGUUCAAGAUUGCACCGAUGCUCAACCCUGACGGCGUCUAUCUGGGCAAUUACAGGUGUUCUCUGAUGGGGUUUGACCUGAAUCGUCACUGGCUGGAUCCCUCUCCAUGGGCCCAUCCUACCCUGCAUGGGGUGAAACAGCUCAUCAUCCAGAUGUACAAUGACCCGAAAACUAGCCUGGAGUUCUAUAUUGACAUCCAUGCCCACUCCACCAUGAUGAAUGGCUUCAUGUACGGCAACAUCUUUGAGGAUGAGGAACGCUUCCAGAGGCAGGCCAUCUUCCCCAAGCUCCUCUGCCAGAACGCAGAGGACUUCUCCUACUCCAGCACAUCCUUUAACCGGGAUGCCGUGAAAGCGGGAACUGGCCGUCGCUUCCUCGGUGGACUCUUGGACCACACUUCCUAUUGCUACACCCUGGAGGUCUCCUUCUACAGCUACAUCAUUGGGGGCACCACGGCUGCCAUGCCCUACACUGAAGAAGCCUAUAUGAAGCUGGGGCGAAACGUGGCAAGGACGUUUCUGGAUUAUUAUCGGCUGAACCCGCUGGUUGAGAAGGUGGCGAUUCCCAUGCCGAGGCUGCGUGAGGAGAGAAGGUCGGGAGGUGAGCAUCUGUCCUGACUGAGGGCUGGGCCAGAGCUUGAAGUGCUGGGUGUUUUCAUGCCCGCUGGCGGUGAGCCCAGUGAGCAUUUGGGCAGUGACAUCCAAUGACAUCUGGAAUAUGGCCCUGCCUUACCUCUUGGGCUCAUUUCCUACUCUCCCAGUGGUCUACCCUCCUUGAGGGACAUGACCAUGCCCAAAUCCCGGCUCCUGCCAGACUAUUCUUUCUGCUGA